CCAUCCAGGGCUGCCUGCCUGUGAAGCUCAGCUUCUUUCUUCCUUGCUGCUUCUGGAAUAUCCCAGAAAGUUCUGAACAUGGUUAGAGACUUCAAGACCCUUCCACCUGGAGGCCCUCCAGCCUUCCCUGCCACCUUGGAUGUGACUGGCCUAUUGCAAAACCCCUCAAGGAGGGCCCAAAAGCACCCUUCUUCUGGGCUGCUGCCUGCUUGCUUUUGCACCGUGCCUGAGUCCUGGAGGUCCCUUACAGGAGUCCUUGUUGGCCGAGAGAUCAGUUAGUUCUUUUCAGCAGGGCUGUCCUGGAGUAGUAGUGGGAGGGGGCCAGCCAGAGUGGGCACCUGGGAGUCUAGGCACUGGGCUUCCCCUGGCUAGAAGGACAGGACAGGGGCCCAGAGGUCACCUGGAACCCACUCUGCCUUCAGAGACUGCCUUCCUGGGCCAGAAGUUCAGCACAUGUGGGCCCAGGUUUCCUGUCACAGAAGGGCUGCCUCCUUCGUGAGACUGGGAUUCCACUGUGAGCCAGAUGGGACCCUAUAGAUGUCCCGGGGAGGUUAUCAGGUACCCCCAGCCCAGACCCGCCCGCACUCAGGAAGGGAAGAAGGGUGUGACUUCGGCGUAUUCAGAGGUCACAGUGGCUCCCCAGAAAAGCCAGAACGGGGGCCAGGCCUCUGGCAGUGUGCCCAUCCCUGCCUCUGGGAACCCAGGGGCUGCAGGUCGCGGGAACAGAACGCACAGCCUAGCCGGCUGUACGUGCAUCUGAUUUCGUCUGAACAUCAGCGGUGUGCCUGGCUCCAUUUCUGCGCGCGUCCCGUGUACAUGUGGCCGGAGGCAUCUGCCUGUUUGCAAGCACGUGGACGUGGCUGGUGCUGGUGUCUGUAUCUCUGCUCUCAUCUGUGGCGGGGCAGUGUCUGUGUGUCCACCUGUGCUGGUGUGUGCAUCUGGUGUUUUCGUGUUUACUUGUGUGUCCUUGUGCGCCCUCCUGUCCACCUUCCUUCUCUCGACCCACAUCCUCUCAGGCCUUCCUGCCUCUCCCUAGUCUCGGGAGGCCCAGCUUCCUCCGGUCUCCAGGGGACUGCUGGGCUGUGCUGGGCGCCCCCCUCCACCCCUCCACCAUCGCCCUCCGCCCCAGCGGCCUCAGCAUCCCUGGUCUCUCUCCUACCGUUCUGUCCACUCCUCCUCUGUCUGCAGCCUGAAGCAAGUCUGGCCUGGCUUUCUGCCCCUCUGUCCGGGCCAUCCGCCGUGACACAGAGACAUCAAUACCCCCGCCACACACACACACACACACACCAGGUGCCCAGCUCCUCCAUCCUCCACAGCCUAGCCCUCGCUGCUUCCCAGGCUCCUGAUUCAGCCCACAGUUGUCCUCACCUGUGCUUCCCAGGCUUCCUGCUGGUGUCCGUGUCGUCUGGCUGCACAAGUGAAUUUUCCCCAGCCAAGUCUUAGUGUGUCCCUUCCCUCCCCGACCACCAGCCUGGGCAGAGCCUCGCUCGGGAGGUCUGCCUUGGAGAUGUCCUGGCUGCAGCAGCUCUUCUGGCUGCUCUGCUGUUGUGCCUUGCCCUGGACUCGCUCCCGCCCAAAUCUGGGGCCUGUCCUGAGCUGGCAGGCCCUGGCCUUCAAUGUUGAGGUGGGCCUUCUCUAAGUCAACGAAGAAGAGCUCUGGGACAGGUGCUAACCAAGCAGUAACAGGAGGGGCUACGGGAGACCUCUGACUCUCACCUGCCCCCUUGCAGCUGACUCACUGCUUUUCAGUCCCUUGGUUUCCCUGGAGUUGCCCUGUUUUUAAGCUCUGCCUUAAAAAAAAAAAAAAAAAAAAAAGAAUUUUUUAAAAUUGAGGUGAAAGUCACAUAAUACAUAACCGACCGUUUUAAAGUAAAUAGCUCGGUGGCAUUUAGCACAUUGGCAAUGUUGUGCAACUACCACCUGUAUAGUUCUGGAACGUUUUCAUCACUCCCAAAGGAAGCCCCACACCCAUCAAUAGUCACUCCUCAUCCCCUUUCCUACCAGUCCCUGGCCACUGCCAAUCAGCAUCCUAUCUCUGUGGAUUUCCCUGUUCUGGACAGUUCAUGUAGACAGAAUUAUAUAAUAUGUGACUUUUGGCCUCGA